GAGCUAUACCACCAAGGUGUACACGAUCAUAUUAAACCCCACUUUUGGAAGCCUGGUUUAAAGUCGUUGAAGAAACUGAAAGAUAUCAUCGCCGUAAACCCAGCCUCCAAACCAAAGGAUCUCCUAGUCGGCACUAUUGAUCGCCCUUCUGUCGCAAAUAUUCACCCUUCCCUUGGGAAUCUCAAUACAGUUGGGGACAUUUUCAAGCUGGAGGAAUCAGUUAAGGAACGUUUCUUUAGGUCCACAAGUCUUUCAUCAGAGGAUGCACAUACAUGUAUCACCAUCCAAAUUAGCUUCAUGAAGGAACAACAGUGCCAGUGGAUUGAUACUGGCUUUCAAAGUGAUUCGAUCCAUGGAUUUGUAAUAGACACGAAAUUCCAAGACAUUAACGUUACGUUCACCCAUAUCGAUAAUGUUUGGGAUAUCGCAGGAGCACUACAAGAAGCACUUUUUGGUUUUUCUGAAAUCCUUUGCAUACAAAACUUUUGACGAUUUCAAAGAACACUUUCCUGGAAUGACCUGCGAUUUGUCGGAGGCCGAAAGAAAGGGCUUUAUACUAGCCUUAAAGAAGCAAUUCGCCUUCAUGAUGAAGAAAUUGAUUUAAGUGGUCUCUAUCAAUUUUGUCAUGUUCAU